CACUAAUAAAUUUUUUUAUUUUUUAUUUUUUAUUUUACUUUAGACAUAAAAUUGAAUUUUAUCUAUUUUCAGAUUUUAAACUUACUCAAAAACAAAAGGAAAAGAAAGCUGUAUGGGUUUGGUGACCAAAUUACCAAUUUGCCAUUGUCUUUCUCACAGUUGAUUGCAUAUAUUGUCAUUUUCUUCUCAUCAGCUUUUCAACAAAAUGGAAGAUGAAAAUGUUAGAGACGCAUUGUUGAAGAAAAAUUACUAUGAGAAUUGUCCAGGUUGCAAAGUUGACAAAGCAAAAGAGCUCAAAAAUGAUGUUUCAUUUAUAAAUCUCUUCAACAUUUGGACUGUGAUUUUAUGCAGCUCUCUUCCUGUAUCAUCUCUCUCCCCUUAUAUAUAUUUCAUGAUAAGAGAUUUCAAUAUUGCAGAAAGAGAGGAGGACAUAAGUGCCUAUGCGGGUUAUUUAGGAUCUGCGUUCAUGUUUGGAAGAUCUUUGACAUCUCUAGUUUGGGGAGUUGUGGCAGAUCGUUACGGAAGAAAGCCUGUUGUGAUUUUUGGGGUUAUCUCAGUUAUUAUUUUCAACAUACUGUUUGGCCUUAGCACAAGUUUUUGGAUGGCGGUUGCUACACGAUUUUUUCUUGGAUGUUUAAAUGGUUCGCUUGGACCAAUGAAGGCUUAUUGUUCCGAAAUUUUUCGUGAAGAAAAACAAGGUCUUGGACUCUCAACUCUCAGUGCAGCUUGGGGCAUAGGUUUGAUAAUUGGGCCACCAUUGGGAGGUUAUUUGGCUCAGCCAGCAGUGAAAUACCCUCAUCUAUUUCCAAAAGACUCAUUUUGGGAUAAGUUUCCAUAUUUCUUGCCUUCCCUUUCAAUAUCAGCGUUUGCAUUUGUUGUUCUUAUCGCCUGCAUCUGGCUUCCGGAAACACUACACAACCACCCUCUUAGCAAUGCGUCUAUUGAUGAUGCGGAAGCUUUAGAAACUGGAAACAACAGGAAUGAUGCAGACAAAAGCAUCCAAAAAGAUGAAAACCUCUUCCUAAACUGGCCCUUAAUGUCAUCUAUUACUGUGUACUGCAUUUUCUCACUUUAUGACGUUGCAUAUGAAGAGGUACCAUUCCUAUUUAAGGUUUUCUCAUUAUGGGCUGUUAGUCCCAGAAGGUUGGGUGGUUUGAACUUUACAACUGAUACUGUAGGCGAUGUUCUUGGAAUAUCAGGUAUUGGUCUUAUUGUCUACCAGCUUUCCCUCUACCCAUCAUUGGAAAGAGUUUUCGGGCCUAUAAGAUUUUCUUGCAUCUCCGGGGUUUUAUCCAUACCUCUGGUGCAAAGCUACCCCUUCAUAGCAAUGCUUUCUGGCAUGACACUCUACGUAGUUAUUAAUAUUGCUUCUCUUCUGAAGAAUGUUCUAGGUAUGACCAUAGUCACUUGUUUGUUUAUUCUGCAAAAUAGAGCAGUGGAACAACAUCAAAGAGGUGCAGCUAAUGGCAUUUCUAUGACUGCAAUGUCAAUAUUCAAAGCAAUUGGUCCAGCUGGAGGUGGUGCAGUAUUAGCUUGGUCACAAAAACGGAUGCAUGCAUCUUUUCUUCCAGGAACUCAUAUGGUGUUCUUUGUCUUGAAUGUUGCUGGAGGACUCGGAGUGCUAUUGAUGUUUACACCAUUUUUGAGACAAAAGAAGACAACACCCUCUGAACAUAAAUGAAUUUUAUUUUAUUAAGGUACUAUGGUGGAACAGCUACUGUAUUAAUUGGUUUAGAGAUAAUGGUGACCAGAGAUUCUUGUUGCUAAUUGAUAGAAGCAAUAUAAAAGAUAUAACUUGAACCUAUUAGCCAUUAAAUCUCCUAUUGAGACUGCAGAUCAGUUAUAAGUGCAGAUUGACUGUUUCCUUUACUGUAUUGAUGUAACUAGUCUUCAAUCAUAAGAGCCUUCCAUCCUAUAUAUGUGAUACAUUUUUGUCUCA